AUGAACGAGGAGAAUACCCAGGAUCGCGGUCGCGAUGAGGCAGCAAACGUAAACGCAAACACCCAACGGGCCGCAUACGGCAAGCAAUCGUCUUUCUUUUACGAUGCAGCCGCGGACCAUGUCCUGAAUCUUGCCACAACACUGGACAUGGGCCCAAAACCCUACAAGGCCAUGCUAUCCGCCGAGGGCUUUAAGACUGUCGUGAAAAAUGAGAAUGAGAUGCUCGGUCUUGCUGAAACUUAUAUCGAUAGUAUGAAGAGCGAUGCGUUCUACGUCGAAACAAUACAGGCUGGGGUACCGAACGGUGAGUGUUCAAUCCACUUGUUGCUGCGGCGGGGGCAAGAAAAACCAGUCGUGGAACGGGCAGUAUUGAUUGACGGUGGGAAUGAUGGCUGCAUGAAACAUGCUGGUGGGAAGAAGGCGUGUCUAGCAAUUGAAUUGGCAAUGCUUGACAUCUCGAACAUGUAUGAGUUGGGCACUCGCUAUAAUGUGCCUGGAGAGAUAACGAGGCUGCGAUUUGACGCCUGGGUCAUCACUCAUUGGGAUGAAGACCAUUAUAUAGGCGCCAUGAACUACUUUGUGGACUGUUUCGAUCAAGCAAAUUCGCGUUGUUGGACGGCCCAAAGUAGUUCACAACCCGGCCCCGAGAUGAAAGGCCAUCAUGAGGAGUUCCUAGCCGGCGAUAUGGAUGGCUACUGUGUCGGAAUGCAGCAUGUCGGGACUCAUGUAACAUUAGCGCAAGCAAGCACAAAGGUUCCCAUGUUCUGGCUUUCGGGGUACCGGGAAUCUACUGAUAAUGACAGACUAAACUUGAAGCCCCACUCUAUUCUCGGCGUGGACUUCUUUACUGGUGAGCGGGAUGCCAACCUAGAUUGGAUAAGGAACCAGCAGCAAGGUGUAAAGAUGGAUGCUGCAUUAGCUCGCCUCACUCCGUCCAAACAGCCUCGGCUAAUCUGCCUGGGAAUUGCGGGCAUGUUUCUCGGCGAUAAGAAAGAACCCGAUCUUGAAGAGUUAUUCAAAGAAGCCAACAAAAAUCCCAAAACUCAGUUACAGGGGACAGUCAGCAAAACCACACGUAGAAGAACCGCAAAUAACGAUGAUGAUGAAGGCGACGAUGCGGCAGUAGAAAGCGAUGAAGAAGAGGAAACACAGGCUGGUCAAACAAGCGCCGAUAAUGAGCCCAAGGCAAAACUACUGAAGCAGUCGUUGCAGAAUCUAACAUCGAUCAUUGCUGGCGUCGUUUGGGUUGAAGAGGGUCACCGCCGCGUUUCAACCCUGUGGAUGGGCGAUGCCGUUGCGUCAAUCGAGCGCGAACUGGUGAAUAAAUGGGGCAACCUUGGUGCUAUCAAGGUCCUGAAGCUGUCGCAUCACGGCUCGCGUGGCUCAACACCGCCGGAGCUUCUCAAAACACUGAAACCAGAGCGCUGCUUGGUGUCAGCUGGCUCUUAUUACUGGCAUGUUGCUAACGAUAUCACAGAUCCAGAGGUACUCAAGACACUUCACGCACACUACGCUACUUCUGGCGUCGAAGCCAAGGACCACCGAUUCCGGCUGUAUGCUCUUCGCCCGCCUCCAUACCUCGAGUUUCGUCUUUUCCAGAGAGGAAUCCGUCGGUACAUCUUCGAAGCCGAGGGAUUUGUCAAGAAUAACUGGCUGUGGAACGAUCUUUCCCCGUUACACCGCACCAGUACUCUACUCUCGCCAUUGUAUCUAGACGCGGUCACAAAGCGAGGGUACGACAAGGAGAUUGAGCCCUUGGGCGCUCCUUUUUUGCUCAGCCGGACAAAAAUCCAACUGGGAGAAUUCACCCGGUUUACAGCCCGCAAUCAGAAUGGUGACCCCACGUCGAGCAUAUACACAGCCAUGCAGGGCUGCGAUCGGGUGCGAAUUAGAUACCUACGCAUUCCCUCAUUACCAGAUGAGAAAUCCGACGGUGCUAUCUUUCACUACGCCGAACGCCCUGAUAUCUUCUUUGGUGACCCGAAUAAUCCAGUUGAUGGACUAGUCUAUGAACCAGUUCACCUUCUUGACUGGAUUUUCAAAUACGUGGAUUUGCUUGAGCGCCCCACAGAAAAGUAUCCCAUGUGUGUGGAACGACUCGUCAACCUGUGGUUUCGCAAUUUCGAGAACCACAUGCCGAUUGUGGGGUGCCCACCGAAACCUGGUCACAACGUGAUAGAAGAGGCCGCGAACGCAGCAUCCGACUUGUGGUCGGCAGCGUGUGACCUUGAGGCCCCUAUUCUGGGAAGCUACAGACAAGCGUAUUACUCAGAUAAUGCAAACGAGAUAUCGAAUACCAAGGAAAUUAACGACACGGAGCUCGCCGUGGCAUACGGGCGGGAAGAGCAAGCAGCAAACCAAAACCGCCCUAUGACAUGGGAAGAGACAUCUGAAAAGGUACAAUCAUUGAACAAAAAGACAAACUUGGUUCUGACGUUGAUGCAGCUGCGGGACCGCGGAAUCACAAUGCGUGGGUUUGGCGACCUCGAACAGCCCAGUGCUGGCCCUGAACUCGAGUUCUUUGGUGGCCUCCUCGAUGGUAUGUAG